GGUAAUUGCAUCAUCCCACCAGCGGCUAUCAGAUCAUCAUUCAACCUCACUUCAUCCAAAGAGACUCUAUUUCAUUUCAUCCCUAACUCAAUCAAUUGGCGGACAUCCGAAACCAUGCUUCUCAUCGGCCUCACGGGCUCGAUUGCCACCGGCAAAUCGACAGUCUCAUCGAUACUUGCCUCAGAGCCGUUCAAGCUCCCAAUCGUGGAUGCCGACAUCCUGGCACGCAAGGUCGUAGAGCCUGGUACUCGCGGAUACAAUGCCAUCGUGAAGCACUUUGGACCUACGACACCCGAUCUUCUCGUUGAGCCGUCAGAGGAUAUGCCCGAGAAUGGCCCCGAUGGCAAAGGCAGGCCAUUGAACAGACCCGCUCUGGGACGCCGUGUAUUCGGAGAUAGCGAGGAGCGCAAGAAGGACAGGGCAGUUCUUAAUGGGAUCGUGCACCCGGCCGUGCGAUGGGAGAUGUUCAAGAUGGUUGUCGGGUGUUACUUCCGGGGUCACUGGGCCGUGGUGCUCGACAUCCCCCUCCUCUUCGAGAGCGGCCUCGACAGGUUCUGCGGCGUGACGGCUGUUGUGGCAGUCCGCGACCCGGCUAUUCAGAUGCAACGACUUCGCGCGCGCGACCCGCAUCUCAGCGCCGAAGACGCCGAGAACCGGGUGCGCAGCCAGACCGACGUGAGGGAGAAGGCCCGCCGGUGUGAGGAGCGAGGAGAGGGCAAGGGCGUGGUGCUCUGGAACGACGGGACAAAAGAGGAGCUGAGGGAGCAGCUGGACAAGGCGAUUGGGGCGAUGAGGAAGACGAGCCCGGACUGGUGGUCAUGGUUCCUGCUUGGUUGUCCUCCGGUGGCAGUUGCUAUUGCGGCGUGGAGGUUUUGGCAGAAUAUUAUUAUUAACGAGGAGUGGGAGGAGAAGAAGUUGAAGCACAAGUUGUGA